AUGCCAUGUUCCAGACGCGACAAAGACAGCCAGGCAGACAUUCUUAGAGAUCGACAGACAGACAGGCAGGCAUCCGGAGAGAUCGACAGAAAAACAGACAGACAUCCAGAAAGAACGACAGGCAGACAGAGAGGUACACAUAGAGGUACACAGAGAGGUAGACAGAGAGGUCCACAGAGAGGUAGAGAUGUAGACAGAGAGGUAAACAGAGAGGUACACAGAGAGACAGAGAGGUACACAGAGAGACAGAUAGUAAGAAUGAACAGCAGCAAGAAAUUGAUUGAAUGGAUGAACAACAAUUCAGAGUCUGCAAGUAACUCCCAUGGGUUAUCUUCUGCUCUGUUAAAGCAGUGUUGCAAGGAAUUGGAGACAUGCAUGCUGAGUUUAAGUGGAAAUCCAACGGCUGUGGUAGAAUUGAUGAGUGCAGUUCAACAUGUUGUGAAAAGCAACAUUGAACGUUUCAACUACCUGAAAGAGAAUGGGCUACUUGGACUUAUCAGUAAUGCUCUUUCCAAUCUUGCUGCAAGACUGUCUAGAGAAGGUCCAACAGACACAAAUAAUGGUUUGAUUGAACUAGUUGUAGAAACAGUCAAUGUCCUAGGAGAUGUGAACUUGAAUGCAAAGUCUGCAGUAUUGACAGAAGUCGGCCCUUUCGUUACUGAUUUGCUGCUACACAAGUUAAUGGGAUUUCAAACAAGAAUGGAGGUUCUUAAGUCUGUCAACACACUUUUGGAGCAAUGCCCAACAACUGCAAAAGAAUCGUUUUUGAACAGUGCCGGAAAUGUCAACAGAUUGAAUCAAAUGGCAGAACUUAUUAAGAAUGUAGGAGACUAUGAGUUCCAAGUGGGUAUGGUGGAAUGUUUGAUGAGAAUGUUCCCAAGAAAACAUAGACUAGCAUAUGCCUCCAAGUUUAUACAAGACCAUGCCAUGUUGGAAGGGUUUAUGGCAAUUAAAGAUAAGGAGUUUGAAACAGACUGUCGAUUAUUUCUGAACAACGUUAAUUCAAGGGCUGAUGAUCCAUCUAAGGGAGUGUUCUCUCUUCCAUGCAUUGCAGCAUUUGUUGGAAAUAAGGAGCUUAAGAAGCCGUCGGACCCAGGUUAUGAGGAAUUCUGGGUUGAUUUCAACAUUGGCAGUGAAAGGGUGACCUUGUUCUGUGAGCACAGUUCUCUGUGCAGUCAGAGUUCACAGUUUGAUGAAGAGCUUUGGGAGACUGUAGCCAUAUACAAAGCAGAUGUUCAGUCUAUUUCACAACUAGUUGAAGAUGGGAUGGUAGUUCUGGAAGUGUGCCUGCGCAGCCCUGUGUGUGACAUCUAUCCCAGUCAGCACCAAGACAUCACUGACAGUACCAUCAGAAUACAGUUCAAUGCUCUUCUAGAGGACCAUGUUUCACAUGCCACUGAAUACACAUUGAACUUGUCUAAGAAAACAUGCAAGGCUUCCACUGUUGAAGAACCAUUACAAAUAUCUAUGAAGCAGGUUCAGACAGAGGAUUCCCAAAGCCAGAAGCUCGAAAAGCAGCGCAGAAGGAAGCAAGAGUGUGCCCAAUCAUGUCAGAGUAGCCAAGAGUCUGUGUCUAUCAGGAAGCAGAAAGUUUCUGUCCCUUCGGAGCCCAUGUUCUCUCCUGUCAUUGACAGGAAUUCCAAAGUUGGAGAAAACAUUAAAAAAAUGAAUGCUGAUGCUGAAUGCAUACCCGAGUCCCAGAAUAUUGUUGAAGAAGUUGCUGUUGCUAUAUCUAAGUCUUGUGGACAGAGACAAGAAUCAAAAAAUUUCACAGUCCCAAAAACACCAGUGAGAAAGAAUACCCAGGGUAAACCCAAAGUGAAGACACCCGUUGUAACGGUUACACCACCAACCAAGAAAACUAAACCUGCUGUGUUAGAUAUUGAGGAAGAUACACUGAUUGCUGUAAAGAUAAGUGCUCCUGAAUGUUACAAGCAAACGUUAUAUGACAUGUUGCCACCAAAAAGAGGAGACAGAAUUAAAAAGGGCAAAGCCAGCCUUGCUGACAGAACAAUAGAUAGUGGUAUUAGUUUGGAUGACUCAAAAAUGUCUUGUGGUACAGAAUUGUUCACACUGAAAGAAGCUGAUGAUCAAAAGGUUGAUGACAUAAAUGAUAAACAGGAGAUUGAUGAUGGAAUAAUAAAAGAAAUGAACAAAAAAGAAAAACAAACGAAUAUGUCAAAGAAAUUAAACUUGAAAAACAGAAAGGCUGAUAUAGAAGAUGAUGGAAAUAAUUUGCAAAUGACCAUCAAGGAGUCUCAAGAUAUAGACUACAAUUCAAUUGAUUCUUUAAAACAAGAAUUUAAGCCUACACAUAUUGAAGUAAAUGCUAAAUUUAAGAAAAAUAAUGCUGAAGCAAAAUCUAAACCUAAGCAAACAAAGGUGGAAGCAAAAACAAAAGCAGAACAUAAACAAACAAAUGUGGAAGUAAAAGAAGACCAUACGCAAACAAAUGCUGAAGCAAAAGCAGAAUCUAAGCAACCUAAUUCUGUAACAAUAGCAGAACAUAAGAUACCAAAUGUUGAAGCAAAAACAAAACCUAAGCAAACAAAUAUUGAAGAAAAAGAACAAAAAAAUAAUAAAGCAAAAGCCAAACAUAGGGAAGCAAAUGGUGAAGCAAAAGCCAAAUCUAAGCUAGCAAGUGUUGACGAAAAAGCAGACGAAGAACAAAAAAAUAAAGAAACGAAACCCAAACCUAUUGAAACAGAUGUUGAAAGUGGGACUCCUGACUCUGACUCAAAAGAGGAUAUCAGGUCAGCUGACAAUGCUUAUGAUUGUCUUGAAGACUGUGACAGCAUUCCUGAUAGUUACGAGACUGUUCAAAUAGAAAAACAAGGUAGAAGUGCAAAAGUAAAUACUCAAUCACCUUCCAUUAAAAGCAGAGUUGUUGAAGAAUCCAAUGCACCAAGUCCUUACUCCAAUGAGAAAGUAUAUAAAGAAGCAAAAAAUAAAAGUGAUGCAGAGAAAUUCAAAAAGAAAAAUUCUUUUGUUGACGAAGAUAAAUCACUUAAAGAGCUUUGUGAAUUUGAUGUUAAAGAAAAGGCAAAGACAUUUCAAGUUAAAAAUCUAAAAUCAAGCUUUCCAGAAAACAAAAAGAAGACUAACAUUAAUGACACAAAUUUGGAAGAGCUAUACACUUUCAAUGAGGCAGAUAUUGGCAGCGCUGCUGAAAAUAAAGCUAAAAUAAAACAAUCAGCUAAGUCGCAAGAUAAAGUAAAGAAUUUGAAAAUAAAAACAUCAAAAGUUGAGGCAAAACCAGCCAAACAAAUUUCAUCAGCCAUGAGUGAGAAUUUACCAAGUAGAUCAUUACGAACUAGAAAACAGAAACAAAGCUACAAAGAAAAUCAAAACAGUGAUGAGGACAUACUGUCAUCAAAUAGUCCAGAACAUGUGCGACUAGAAAAGCAUCAUGAGAAUACAGCAACUAAUUCUCAGUACUCUGUUGCAAGUGGAGAAAGUGAUGAUGGUUGUCUCUUAAGGAGAAAUAAUUACCAGAUUAGCUCAGUAAGUGGUUCUCAGACUGUUAAGCAGAGUGAAUUAAUUGACUUAACACAAUCAGCUCCAAAUAAGUGUUAUGAUGACAAUGAAUUUCAAAAUGACUUAGAGUUUGAGAAAAGUCUUUCACAACAAGACAAAGAAAUAAAGCCUAAGAAAGGCAAAGGAAAACAAAAAGCUUCUAAGAACAAAUUACAUGAAGAACAAGGUGUUGAAAUAAGUGCAAAUAAAAAAACAGACAGUAUAAACGAAGCCAUAUCUUAUAUUCAAGGCAAACAGUCCAAACUGAAGAAUGAACAAACUAAAGACAGAGCUAUGCGAAUUGUCCAUGUAGCACCAAUAAUGAAUUCUCCAGAUUUGUCAAGAACAAAUUCUUCCGAAUCUUUGGUAAUUGAAAAAGAUGACAGCUACAAUGCAAGACGAUAUAGACUAGAAUUAGAGCUAUUUGGACGAAAGACUUCCACUUACACUUCGAAGAAAUGUGGUAAAAACGGUUCUUCCAUGUAUAAAGAUAAUCAUGGUAUUAAAUCAAAGUCAUAUGACCAGGUUAUAGAAACAGAUGAUGAUUCUUGUGUAGAAAAUCCGAAGAAAAGAGGACACAAGAACAAUCCAAAAUCACAGAAUGAAAAGCAAAAAGUGAAAAGUAAAUCAUAUUUAUUAAGUCAGAGUUUUGAAGAAGUUAAGGAUGGACACUCAACAAUGAAGCAAGCCACUUUUCAGACAGUUACAGAGGAUAGUCAGGAAAUGAAAGUGUUUCAAGUAUCAUAUGCAAAAUCAAAUACAAGCUAUAAAAAACAGAAUGUUGUUAAAGGAAAAAACAAGAAAGAUGAAGACUAUGAUCCCUAUGACUUCUACCAGCAAUGUGAAAAUUCGUCUUUACGCUCAGAAAGAUUAAUGAGAAAGGAUCAGUCAAUUAUCUUAAAUAAAAAAAUAAAAGAAAAACAAAAACGAAAGGAAGCAAUUCAAACAAAAUAUGAUGAUGGUGAUAGCAAAAUGGAAAGGUCGUUUAUGAAUAGUCAUCAUGACAAAGAAAAUACACUGGCUAAAGAUCCAACCACAAAUAAAUGGUACAGAAAAAAGAAUACACUAAGUAAUGAAAAACAGAGCCUACCAAAUAGGCCUACAUGUGUUGAUGGAGUUGAUGAUUGUGACAUUGAAAUGAUGCGCCAUGACCAGAACACCGAGGAUGUAGACAUUCCAGGCAAUUUCAGCAAAAUUCUUCAGAAUAUUUCCUCCAUUAAAUGUUCCAAUGAACAUGAAAACAGCAAUGAGAUGGAUAGCCAGAUUAAUGCGAGCAUGGACAUAAAGAGCCCUAACUCUGUAGCGUCUUGCUCUAUCACGCCCACUUUGGCAUCAGCCAAAAGAAAAUAUUACAACCCACUGAAUGUGUCCGUUGUGAAAACACCGCAAUUGCCCCUUGCGACACCCAACAUUCACCUUGAGUCACCUGUCAGAAUAGAUGCUAAGCAUAAAAGACACCCAAGACACAAAGAUGAAAUGGAGCCCAAAUACAGUGAGGAUGAUGAAAAACAGUCAACAGUUGAAAGAAGUAAGAAAAGUGGAAGGAAAUCACGAUCAAGCACUGAAUCUGUCAGCUUUUUAGAAGAAAGCUACAAUGUGUCCAGUAAAAGCGAGAAGAGUUGGAUAGCAGAGAGAAAAAAGAAACCUCGUGAAAAGGAAAGGUUACAGACCUACAAUUGUAAAGCAAAACAAAAACCCAGUUGGCCUCAAGAUUCUCAGGACGAAGACAAAGACGAAGAGACUGAUGAUGUGAUGUUGAACAAGAGAAGUCCAGUUUGUAGUCAAGGCCUCCCAUCCAGUCUGGGAAUAGGAAAUGUCUUUGAUGAGAAAUUAUCUAUAAGUACUGUACAGACGACACCUGUGUGUAGUAUACAGGGCAGUAGAAAAUCCGGAAGCAAGUUUGAUCUGGGUUCUCUUCUCUCCAUGCAAGUGCCUGGAUUUGACUUUAACAAUUUAUAUUCUAAUUGUGAUGCUGAUGAUGCUCAUACAGCGUUCAUGUCAUUGGAUGUGGAAAACUAUGUGAAUGAAGUACAAACGAAACAUCACAAUGUAAAUGUCAUGCAGAUGGGUGCAGAUGGAUUCGUUUCAGGUCCAUCAUCAGAAGUAAGGCCUACCAGAACCGCAUUAAAAAGGAAAUAUCCUCAUGUAACAACCAGCGAUGAAGAGGAUUCAAGCAACAGCUCUUCUGGAAAUGAUGUGGAAGAAAAUUCCAUUCUUAUGCCAAAGAAGUUGUUUAAAUUUGAUCUGAAAGAUGCACCUGCUCCUGCGCCCAGUAUUUACAGUGAUGCCACUUCUUUGCCAGAUGAGGAUUUUCGUACUCAGUUUGGCUUAUCAGCAUUCUGUUCUGCAUUUGGUGCUGACAUCCAAAAAAAUAUGCAAUUUAAGAGGAAGAGAUUAGAAAAUUAUACAAAGCACACUCUAAAAAAUGCACAAAAACAUUUUAACCAGACUUGGGCGGAACAAAACCAAAAUCGAGUCAACGUUUUUGAUGAGUUCCAAGGGAAGAUGUUGAUAGAAUUGAUGGCGCUUGAAAAAGAUAUUCAAAAGUUAGUUGAUGCUGACAAGAAAGCUGAGGAAUUCUUUAGGUAUCAACUUGACUUAAUCCAUACCAACAAGGAAUCUCAACAGAAAAGAAUUCAGAACAUGAAAAAGCUGCAAGCACACUUGAAGGAAAGAACAAAAGCAGUUACAAAGUACAACCUCAAUGUGAAUAAUGCUUUGAAAGAGAAGUUGAAAGAAGAUAUUGCUGCCUUACAGAAGAAACUUGUUGCUGAAACGCAAAAAGAAGAAAUGAUGAACAUUAAACGCGGUCUCCAGAGUUUGUUUUAAAAUGCAAAUGGGAACAGUAUAACAGUGCACUUUGAAAUUUUGCCAUAAUGAAUUCCGAUUGUUAAUUGUUUCAUUUUGAACUUCAAUAAAUGUGUGUAUUUUUAUUGAAUAUAGUAGUUCAUAUUUUUUUGUUUUGAUUAACUGUGAUAUAUUUUUGUAACAUUGUGUUUACAAGUCAUUUUAUCAUCUGAUGUGUACUGUUUAUUUAUUUAAAAUAUUGUGAAGUAUAAAAAUACAUUUUGUUUGCUGCAAACAUUUAUGAAGCAUUUAUAUUUGUAAUAACGUUUAAUGUCAU